UUGCAAUAUUAAAAUCAACACUUUACAAUGGCCCGCUCUGAAGCCAUAAGUAUUAAAUUAAUCUUAUGGAUUUUAUUGCUGCAAGCUCUUAUGGCAGCAGCAUCAAAAAGUGUUUCCCUUAAAGCAAACAAAUUAAUGCGAUCACCUCUCACCGCUAGAAGUUUGUAUGACCAAUAUACUUUGGGACAAGUAGAGAAUGGCGCUAAAAUAAUUUACACCUACCAAUACGCACAAUCAUUCGAUGGGGAACAACAAGACAUAUCUCUUGAUUUUCACUAUCCCGAUAAUACGAACGAAAAUUAUAGUGAUGUGGAGGCUGAUGGUUCCCCCAUUACUAUUACCCAGAUACAAUUGUAUGUUAAAGCCGAAGAUGGUGCUACCACUCAAGCAUACGUUACCGAGGGGGGUAUUGGAGAGAAUAAUAUUUCAUUGCAAAUUAUUGCCAAUAAUUCCAAUUUGUUAAAUUACAUGUUGGUUAUCUAUGGCACAACAGAGUGAUCAUUAAAAAUUGUAAAAGUAAUGAUAAAUAA